GUGUUUGGGGUGCGGGAGGGGGCUCGGGGUUGGGGCACAGGCUGUCCUCGGGUGGCUCCUGGUCAGCAGUGCUGUGGAGCCAAGGCAGGCUGCCUACCUGUCCUGGGGCACCGCACUGCGCCCCGGAAGCGGCCAGCAGGUCUGGCUCCUAGGCAGGAGGGGAAGGGGGCAGGAAGCUCCGUGGUGCACGCUACUCUCACUUGCAGACACGGCCCCCCAGCUCCCAUUCGCGGGUGCCGGUACUCCGGGCAAGGGCAGCCUUGUAGUCUCCCUGCCUUGGAGCCUGACGGGCUGCCCCAGGACAAGUAGGGACCAGUGACACCAGGGGGCACUACUACCCCUGAAAUGGAUCUCUACUGGCUCUCAGUGCAGCAGAUUACUGUCAAACCAGUGAAAAAGGUCCACAGUAAUUAUCUUCAGUGCACAGCAGUUUAUUGAGAAGGAAUUAUAUAAGCAGAAAAGGGUUAUUUUAAGCACAUAACUCCUAUGUUAGACAUAGGACAUCGCUUCCCGCAGCUCCCAGUGGCCGGGAACAGCAAACCGUGAUCAUGGGAGCUGUGAGCAGCCGUACCUGCAGACGCUCAGUCAGCUGCAGAAACAGAUGUAAUGAGCCAUUUAAUAAAAAGGGGCAGGGCUGCCAGUGUGAUGGUGGCUGUAAAGAACGUCAAAACUGCUGCUGGGAUUAUGAGGGUACCUGCCUGGAACCAACUCAGAUAUGGACAUGCACUAAACUCCGUUGUGGUGAGACACGGAUAACUGGAAGCCACUGUUCUUGUUCUGAAGACUGCUUGGAGAAAAAAGACUGCUGUGUAGACUACAAAAGUAUUUGCAAAGGUGAAACGCCUUGGGUGAAAGAAGCAUGUGUGUCACUUAACACUUCUCAGUGCCCAGAAGGGUUUGAUUUGCCACCACUUAUCCUUUUUUCGAUGGAUGGUUUUAGAGCAGAAUAUUUACAAACAUGGAGUUCUUUACUGCCGAAUAUCGAAAAGCUAAAAACAUGUGGAACGCAUUCAAAGUACAUGAGAGCUGCUUACCCCACCAAAACCUUCCCCAACCACUACACUAUUGUCACGGGUUUGUAUCCAGAAUCUCAUGGUAUCAUUGACAACAACAUGUAUGAUGUAAACUUGAGCCAGAGUUUCUCACUUUCUGGGCAGGCAAAAUUCGACCCUGUCUGGUGGAAAGGACAGCCAAUCUGGCUGACAGCAAUGUAUCAGAAUUUGAAGGCUGGCACUUUCUUUUGGCCUGGAUCAGAUGUACCUAUUAAUGGAACAUACCCCAAUUUGUACAGGUUGUACAACAACUCAAUUAUAUAUCAACAGAGAAUUUCAGAAAUACUCACAUGGCUUGAUGGUUCCAAAUCUGAGAGGCCAGAUUUCUAUACUUUGUAUAUUGAAGAACCUGAUAGUUCUGGACACUCAUAUGGACCAGUUAGUGGCGGAGUCAUUAAAGCCUUGCAGUUAGCAGAUGAGGCAUUGGGGAUGUUAAUGGAGGGACUAAAACAGAGGAACCUGCACAACUGUGUAAAUCUUAUUGUUCUGGCUGAUCAUGGAAUGGAUAAGACCUACUGCAACCAAUUAGAAUACAUGACGGAUUAUUUUAAUCAAAUUAAUUUCUACAUGUAUGAUGGGCCUGCAGCUCGCAUUCGGGCGUUCAAUGUUCCAGAAGACUACUUUACCUUUGAUUCGGAAGGAAUUGUUAAAAACCUUACCUGCCGAAAACCCAACCAACAUUUCAAACCCUACUUGACACCCAACUUGCCCAAGCGAUUCCAUUAUGCUAACAACAUUCGCAUUGACAAAGUUCAUCUUAUGGUGGACCGGCAGUGGCUGGCUGUUAGGAAUAAAGAUUAUACAUUUUGUGGUGGAGGUAAUCAUGGCUAUGACAAUGAGUUUAAAAGUAUGGAGGCUAUCUUCAUGGCACAUGGCCCAAGCUUUAAAGAAAAAACUGAAGUGGAACCUUUUGAAAACAUAGACAUUUAUAAUCUAAUGUGUGAUCUGCUGCAUAUUAAACCUGCACCAAACAAUGGAACUCACGGCAGUUUAAAUCAUCUUUUGAAGACGGCUUUCUAUAAUCCAUCGCAUUCAAAAGAAGAAUCACCUCCAUCUUCAUGCCCCUUUACCACAUUAACUCCUCUGGAUGAGUUAGGAUGCACAUGUGCCCCACUAGCAUUACCAGGCAUAUUGGAAGCAAUAAAUCAAAGAUUAAAUCUCACCAUAGAAGAAAUAAAGAAGGCAGAGACCUAUAAUUUGCCCUAUGGGAGACCUAGAGUUCUACAGAAGCAAAACACCUACUGCCUUCUUCACCAUCAUCAGUAUGUGAGUGGAUACAGUCACAACAUCUGGAUGCCACUGUGGAGUGCAUACACUGUCAACAAAACUCAGGCAGACGCAUCUUCGCUUCCUUCCACUGUUCCAGACUGUCUGCGGGCUGAUGUUAGAAUCCCUGCUACUCAAAGCCAAAACUGCUCUGACUACCAGCUAGACCUGAACAUCACCCACGGGUUCCUGUAUCCUCCCAAUUUCAAUGCAACUGGUCCAGAACAAUAUGAUGCCUUACUUACCAGCAAUAUUGUCCCCAUGUAUGAAGAAUUCAAAAAGAUAUGGAACUAUUUCCAUGAUGUGCUGCUUCUAAAGUAUGCUGCAGAGAGGAAUGGACUGAAUGUGAUCAGUGGACCAGUGUUUGAUUACAAUUAUGAUGGCCAUUUUGAUGCUCUUCAUGAAAUUACGCAACAUAUAAACAACACACAAAUCCCUGUCCCAACCCACUACUUUGUGAUGCUGACCAGCUGUAAGAACCAGUCCAAUACACCAUUGAACUGUGUGGGCUCUUUGGACGUUUCAUCUUUUAUCAUUCCUCAUCGACCUGACAACAGUGAAAGCUGUGCUGAUGGGCAACCAGAGUCCCAGUGGGUUGAAGAAAGAGUUCAGGCUCAUGCAGCACGUGUUCGAGAUGUGGAACUUGUAACUGGGCUUGACUUUUACCAGGACAGAGAUCAGCCUCUCUCUGAAAUUUUACAGCUAAAGACAUUUUUGCCGACAUUUGAGACUAUUAUUAACUAAGCAUGUGUCAGUAACUUGGACAAAUAAAUCCAAAGUAAAUCAAUGUUUCCUGCAAAGAAAAACCUACUGCAGCUUUUCAAUUGAUCAAGAAAACAAACUUGUAAUAUAAGAAACAUAAUUUUAUUUGCUUUUUCUCAAAUUUUCAGUAUUUUGCCAGUGGUUCUUUUACAUACCUUACAGGACACCGUGAUCAAGACCAAGCAAAAUAAUCAUAGUUAUUAACCAAGGCUAUGGUUUUUUAUUAAAGAAAGGAAAAGAAAACAUUAAACAACACAAAUGAUCAACUGUUUACCUCCAUUACAAUUUCUUCUUCUGUAUGUCUCUCUGGGGAGAGCUUUUAAUGGAGAUUACACUCCAGAGCGUGAAUCAUCUCCGGGGGGCACUUUUCUCUUUGGUCUUAACUUACCAUUUCGUCAAAUUAUUAUGAAUUCAUUUUAGUAUCUUACUAGAUACUUAAAACUGGUCAUGUAUUGGCAAAAGAAUUUAAGGGAAGUGAAGCUUGUCUAGUAUUUAUUAAUAAUAAUCUAAACUACAUACUUUGCCUAACUAUAAACUCUUUUAACUAGGUCCUAUGAAACUGAAGAUAGUUAAAUUAGUUACUUAGAAGACGCCAUUUAAGGAGCUGUCUGAAAACAGGCCAAUUACGGAUAUGAAGAAACUUGAAUCCACAUACAUCCCACUAUUUUUCUGUUUAGCCCCUGUCUCCUCUCCAGGAAUACCUGGUCUAACCACCUGAUGAUUAACUGGAGAAGCUGAUAGCUUUUUAAGGCUAUGUUGACACUGUGCACGUUACAAUGGCGCAGCAGUGCCGCUACGCUUGUAAAGUAAGCAGUGUAGCUGCUCUUUGUUGCUGGGAGGGCUCUCUCUCUCAGUGACAAAAUAAAACCACCCCCAAACGAGUGGCAGUAACUUCGUCAACAGGACAGCACCUCCUGCUGACGAAGCGCUGUCCACUACAGCACUUUUCGUCAUUAGAACUUUUGUCAUUUUUUUCACACCCCUAAGUGACGAAAGUUUUCAUGAUGGAAGUGCAGUAUAGACAUGGCCUUAGUUACAACAGCAUUUCAAUAUUCCAACAAAAUCAUUAGAAGAGUUUUAAACCUAAUUCCUUGGCAUAUUUUAGUGAACUUCCUCUCACCAAUUGAUUUUCAAGCCUUUGCGGGUGGUUUUCCUUGAGUAGGUUUCUUCUUAAGUCUUCUUAUCUCUCUGUGGUGGCUGGCUUGUGGAGUGCUGUUUGAGCAAGGUAGGGGUGGGGGUUGUAUCCUUCAGUGUUUCUAUAUUCUUCUCCUUCCUAUGUUAAUGAAUUAUGAGGGAGGAGGGGGCGGGAAACACCUCUUUUGGGUUUGUUUACAUUCAGAGUUGGUUGUUGUCAUCCUUUCAUUGGUCUCAUGCCUUCAGUGUUGGCUUAGGGCUUGUCUAAACUGGAAAUGUUACAGCUGCAGCCCUGAGGGCUUCUCCUGUAGGUGGAGGUAAUUCACCUCCCCAAGAGGCAGUAGCUAGGUUGACAGAAGAAUUCUUUCAUUGACCUAGACUUGUCUAUACCAGGGGUUAGGUUGAUUUAACUACAUCUCUCAGGGAUAUGGAUUUUUCACACUCCUGAGUAACAUAGCUGGGUCAACCUCACUUUUUUGUGCAGGCCAGGCAUUAGGUGACACUUCCAGGUCCUGUUUUAAUGCAUAUGCAACCUUUCUUUACUUGCCUUUGUGCUUUUUGUGGCAUUACUUUCAAAGCUAGCUUUUACUCUUAUUUUUUUAUUCAAUUCAUUCUCUGAGAUAUUGUUGCAAUUUUACUAAAAUUUGACAGGAAAUGAAAUUCUGUUUUCAAAAAAGGCUAAACACUCCUGAUCUUUAUAAGAAUUUUUUAAGACUGUUUUGAGAACUAAAAUUAAAUAACUUUUAGAAAGUUGUUGAUUUUAGCUUAGCUUAAGCUGUUGAUGUUAAUUUUUGGGAUGAUGAUUUUCUUGUCUUCCUGAAUUAGGUGAGGACUUGCUGGUGCACUGUCAGUAACUAAUUAAUUCCCCAUUAAUAUAAAGAUUCUAUACUUAAGUGGCUUUUUUCACAGCUUAGUUUAGCUAGGUCAUUAGAUUCCAUGGUGGAACACAAAAACAUUUUUACUGUUUACAUAGCAAAGACAUUAGGGAUUUUGCAUUUAGCUACAUAUUUACAAAUAUGCAUUUCACAGAGUUUUGUCAUGAUAACAUUUAAGAAAUAAACAAAAGUUUUUCUCUAGUAUAAUAGUAGGUUUUCUUGCAAGAGGGUGGGUGUUGGUGGAACCCACUUUGCCUAGAUUUGUUGCACUGAUCACACACCCUACAUUCCUUUCAUACUCAUGUUUCUUUCUAAAACAUGAAUGUUUACAUGCUUGAUUUACUUGUUCAUAGAAGAUAGAAAUGGAAACCUUCUAAAUUUCUUUGAUUCGCUUAACAUUUUGUAACUACUAGCUAAACAUAAAUAUUGUUAUAUAUCCAAUCAUCCUGGCUAUGGCAUUCGUGUAGCUAAUCUUUAUAUUCAGUAAAAGUGCAAACAACUUUAGAACAACUUAAUUUUUUAUUGUUAUAAUAAAUGUAUUAAUUUUGCAUCAAAAUUGAGGCCUCUCCCCCACAUUAGCUUUGAUUUGGUUUGUGCAAACUGGAUAAGAGCAAUUCAAGAUAAGUCAAAUCUGCCUUUCUGAGCCAGCCUUUUAAUAUACACCAAAUUUUAUAUUCUUGAGUCUCUUAAAAACUUUAAAUGAUCUAUGUUGUAGGUUUACCACAUAAAAUGGUUGUGCUAUAGAGACCCUGAUAUUGCCAAUCAUAAGAAAGAAUAUUUCUAUAAUGAAGAUCAAGGGAAAACCAGUUUGAUAGACUGUUUUUCCACUUGUAUAUGUCAGUAAAUCUGCAGUUUUCUAACACCAUUCUGUGAUGCUCUGUUAUCUUUACUUUCUUCUUCUAUGAAUUCAGUUGACUUGAAUAUCUUUUUAAUAUGUAGCAGCUGCUAUUUUGUCAUAUGAUUAAAUGCCUCACUUCAGCACUUCAAGGAAAAAAUAUCUGCUCCAAAAUUCAAAUAAAUGGUCUUUAUUAUAUACCCAAAGAGCUGGUUAUACCAGGGUAAGUCUGCACUGUGAUUAAAAAAAUACCCCAAAAAACAGGGUCUCGAUCAGCUGGCUCAGGCUUGUGGGGCUAUACAAUUGCAGUAUGGAUAUGUGGGCUCAGGUUGGAGCCCUGGCUCUGAGGCCCACUCCCACUGCUGGACCUCAGAGCCUGGACCUCAGUCUGAACCAAAACAUGUACACUGCAAUUUUAUAGCCCAGCAACCCGAAUCCUGCAAGACCAAGUCAGCUGACCCAGGCCAGCUGCAGCCAUGCCGUGGGUCUUGUAUCACAGUGUAGAUGUACCCUUUGUGACCAUUUUAUGCUGGAGGAGAUGGGCACCCUUGGAAAAGCCACAGGUAUUGUGUGUGGACAUUUCGAGUAUUCGCAGCUCCCUCCAAAUGCUUGGCAAUACCUAAAAUACUUUUGCGCUAUUCUCAAAUAAUUAAGCAUGAGUUGGGAGCACAAAACAGGCAGUAAUGUGGAAAAACAGGUAAUAUAUCUUACACUUAUAUAGUGGCUUUCAUUAUGAAGGAAACCAAGAGUCAAAAUGCAUACUGCAUAUAUGGUGCCUUGGAAAUGCAGCCAGCUAGAGUACAGUAGUGGAAAUGACCAAGGCUCCCAAUCUCUGCUGUUACAAAUGUUCUGUGUGACAAUUACAUGGGGGGGUGGGGUUGAGAUCCCAGCUGCAUGUACAGGUAAUUGUAGGUAUAAAUAAUGGCAGGUAGAUGACCAGCUGUCUGAUUUGUAGGCACAAUCAAGCAGUCAGUCAUGAUUAUCAAUACUGGAGCCUGUAACUGAGUCUCCAAGUUGCAAUGUCUAUUUUAAAACCAACUUUCAAGUAUACACAGAACAAGUAGGACUUUGUUUUAAGGCCUCUUCUGAGAGGCCCAAACUUACACAUAAACAAGCUCGGUGGUAUUUAAUUUCUGCUUUUCCACAAGGAUGAAGGUCUGAGUCAAACCUGCUGGGAUUUGAAUGUGUGGUCAGACCACAAAGCUAUCUUCUUUAACAUAUAAUUAUAUUUCACUCUGCGACAUUUGGGCACCCACAUCUUCUUCUGUAUCCACGCAAGUGAAUAAAAACACCACGCCACUCCUGGUGGCAGAACCGUCUUUCUGAGCACGCAACUUCAUGUUCGACAUAGAGUGAGAUUUACCCUAAUCUCACUCCUAACGUAGUCAAUGGACAUUCAUAUUCUAUUAAAAUGAUGUAGGCAUGCAAAUUACUCAUGCUAAAUCAAAAUUAAUUUCAAAAGUGAGAAUAAAUCUAUUUUUAGGUACAAUUAUGCACAAAGCAUGGACACUUUAAAAAUCUGUAUCUAUAUGUUCAUAACUGGCCAAACUAUGUUUUUCAAAGAUUGCUCAGACUUUGACACAUAUUUGUAGUAUCUGUUAUUCCUGAAAAUCUCAGACUUAAAAAAAAAAAUUAUCUAACCCGUGAAUGUCUUUUAAAACACACAGACCUGCACAGUGGAUACUUAGUUUUCAAACAGAUAAUGCUUUUGUGAUUUAUCCUCAGCAUGAGAGUUGCCAGCUGAUGACUGUUUGGUGGUAUGUGUGAAAGAAGCUAGUGACCUUAGUUGUAAGGGUUGGAUACCGGGUUGUAAGGUAUCCGUAUCACAGCUGGCACCUUUGAUGGCAGUUUCAGCAGAGGCCGAUUAUUUGAACUUCCAUCUCAUGCCUAGAAAUGUCCUCUUCAGAGGCUUCUGCAUCACUGAGGGGGCAUUCAUCUGCUCAGCGUAUCAGGCCCCAAUUUCAAGACUGAAAGAGAGAGAGAGAGAGAGUCAGUGUGGAUAAACUUCUUCCGCUGUACAUAUUUCAUUUGUCAAGGAAUCUAGGUCUAGGAAUGGGAAUGUGACACCUGUCAUAAGUGCUAUGAUUCAGGAAAGGAAAACUUCCGUAACUAACCAGCAGCACAUGAAUGUUGAGUAUUACAAUCAAACAUGCAGUUCUGAACUCACACUGCGUUAUUUGAGUUUAAAAAUAACUUUUCACAUGAGUGUGUGCUAAGAGAGCCUGACUGCUCAUAUGGUCUCAGAAAGCAAACAUGAUAGGGUCCUGAGCACAUGCAAGCUGAAUCUUCUAGUCCAGGGGCUAGGACACUGGCCUAGGACUUAGACCCAGAUUCCAUUUCCUGCUGUGCCAUAGGCUUCUUAUGUGACCUUGGGAAAGUCACGUAGGCACUCCAUGCC